AGCAGACAAGUUGAGAAUCACAGAGAUCCCCACCCCAACCGGUGACCGCCGCCAAUCCUCGGCCUCGCAUCCGCCGGUGGCCGCCGGGGGCGUCGAGCACCCAACCCCCCACCAACCCGCGCUGCUAGAGAACUCCAUCGCCUCCACGAAAGCGCACACGCACACGCGCACACCGGAAGACGGAGGCGAGAACCAUGGCGCCACCUGCCGCGUCCCUCUCCCCCGUCUGCUGCGUCCCCUUCCCGGCCUCGGCCCCCCGCCGCGCCUCCCCCUCCUCCACCAGAAGGCUCCCCAGACUCGCGGCCCGGAGCGGCGGCGGCGGCGGCGGCGGCGGUUCACGCCCCGAGCCCAAGCCAGGUGACAACGAGAGCAAGGCCGUCCUCGACGCCUUCUUCCUCGGGAAGGCCUUCGCGGAGGCGCUCACGGAGCGGGUCGAGUCGGUGGUGGGCGAGGUGUUCAGCGUCGUCGGGCAGUGGCAGGCCGAGCAGCAGAAGCAGGUGCAGGAGUUCCAGGAGGAGGUAGUUCAAAGAGCCCAAAAAGCUAAGGAGAGAGCUGCAACAGAAGUUCCUGAUGAUAAGGGGCCAAAGACUCUAAGGGAACCUUCAGCUACAAUUGAGACGCCUGCACCUACGACGCCUUCCCCCGCUACUCCCACACAGGCAGAAUAGUCCUAGCCUUCUUGGUGGUGAUGAAGAGUUGCUGCUGUAUGUAGAUGGAGUUCCAUGAGGAAACAAAAAGUUUGUACGGACUCUCACCUGAUAUGUAUCAGUCUAAAUAGCCUUUGCAAUUUAGCAUUUCAGUUAAGAAUCAAAGCGACAACUUUUCAUACGAAUGGAAUGGUAGACAUUAGUUCACUUUCAUAUCUGAGAGAGAGCUUUUGCUUCUAUAACCAAUAUGCAUGUUUGAGUAUGUGCAAUAUCAUUCUUAAGAAACACAACUUCAAAAGCCUUGAAAACAGGAUAUGGUGGUUGUCUUGAUGUAUGCUAUUUAUAACUUUGAAUGAGGAUUCUGCUGCAAAAGCUUCAGAGGAGAUAUGUAAGAGUGAUUGAUCAACAAAAUAACUUGAAUCA